AUGAAGACAGAGAAGGAUGAGGCUGUGCCCACCUUCUCCCUGCGGGGUAAAUACAGCGCAGAGGGGGCAGGUGAGUCCCCUGUGCCAUGCUGGGGGGUGUCUGUCCCCACAGGCUGCAGUGAAGUGGCUCUGCCCAGCACCCUGAUGCCAGUGGUGGGGAGUGGAGGGACCCCAGCCCACGGAGGGACCCCAGCCCAGGACCUGAGACCCCUGAAGCGCAGACCUGUCCCAGGGAAGCACUACCAGUGCUCGAGCUAUGGCUGCAAAAUGGCCUUCCCCAGCAUGCAGGAGCUGAUGGACCACCUGAAGGUGCACUACAGACCCACACAGUCCCUUGAGGGCAAAACCUUCCAGUGCCCCACUCUGGGCUGCACCGAGACCUUCCCCAGCAUGCAGGACCUCAUGGUCCACAUGAAGGUGCAUUACAAGCCAAACCGCUACUUCAAGUGUGAGAACUGCCUGCUGCGCUUCCGGACGCAUCGCUCCCUCUUCAAACACCUGCACGUCUGCUCCGACAGCGCCAGCAGCCCC